GCGCGUCUCUUGUCCCGCCCCCCGCCGGCCCCUCCUCUGGCCCGCGCCUCUGGGGCCGACCGCUCUCCCGCCGGUCCGGACCGGCGCUGGGUGUUUGCUUUCGCGGCAGUCAGGCCAGCCAAGCCCGUUUCCAGCUCGGGGCAGCGGGGCGGAGGGCCCGGCCGGCGGGGCAGCCAUGGAGGCGGCGGCACGGAGGCGGCAGCACCCGGGAGCGGCGGGUGGCCCGGGCGCGCAGCCGGGCGCCUCCUUCGUGCAGGCCAGGGCUGCUUCAUUCUCACCUGGCUGUCCCUUGAGGCUGGAACCUUGGCCACAGGCAGCCCCGCGCUCUCAUCUUUAGCGUCCCAGCACCAGAAAGGAAGAUGCUCUUUUCAACUCUAGCACAGCUCCAUCAAAACUGAUGAGGCUGCCAGCACGGCUCCCUUCCACCUUGAUCUCUGGUUCUACUUCACCCUGCAGAACUGGAUUCUAGACUUUGGCCGCCCCAUUGCCAUGGUAUAGUUUCGACCUGAUUUGGAAGUGGUCCAUCUGCUCAGUGGACAGAGUGUUUUUCCAUACCUGGGUGGCCAGGAGAUCUUGUCAUCAUCCUAGGACCUGGAGUGCCAGAUCCUUAAGGGUCCAUGUAGAUCACCUGGGCCACAUUUCGUGUUACAGAUGGGGGAACUGAGGCCUGAAGAGGGGAAGAACUUGCCCAGGGUCACCCAGAACGUUGGUGCACAACUGAGUCCCAAAGGAGCCUCCAACUCUCAGCUGGUGUUUCCUCUCGAGUGGUUUCCGCUUAACAAGCCCAGCGUGGGGGACUACUUCCACAUGGCCUACAACAUCAUCACGCCCUUUCUCCUGCUCAAGCUCAUCGAGCGGUCCCCACGCACCCUGCCGCGCUCCAUGAUCUAUGUCAGCAUCAUCACCUUCAUCAUGGGCGCCAGCAUCCACCUGGUGGGUGACUCUGUAAACCACCGCCUGAUCUUCAGCGGCUACCAGAACCACCUGUCAGUCCGCGAGAACCCCAUCAUCAAGAAUCUCAAGCCGGAGACGCUGAUCGACUCCUUUGAGCUGCUCUACUACUACGACGAGUACCUGGGCCACUCCAUGUGGUACAUCCCCUUCUUCCUCAUCCUCUUCAUGUACUUCAGUGGCUGCUUCACUCCCACCAAAGCUGAGAGCUCAAUGCCAGGGCCAGCCCUGCCCCUGGUGGUACCCAGCGGCCUAUACUACUGCUUGGAGGACUUUCGACUUGAAGCCGGGAGGAAGGGGAACAGGAAGGCGGUUCUGGGAGCAGCGAGCGCACGGGUGGCAACCGGAGGCCCCGCGAUGGCCAAGUUUCUUUCCCAGGACCAAAUUAAUGAGUACAAGGAAUGCUUCUCCCUGUACGACAAGCAGCAGCGGGGGAAGAUGAAAGCCACUGACCUCCUGAUGGUGAUGAGGUGCCUGGGGGCCAGCCCGACGCCGGGGGAGGUGCAGCGGCACCUGCAGACUCACGGGAUAGACAGAAAUGGAGAGCUGGAUUUCUCUACUUUCCUGACCAUUAUGCACAUGCAAAUAAAACAAGAGGACCCAGAGAAGGAAAUUCUUUUGGCCAUGUUGAUGGCGGACAAGGAGAAGAAAGGCUACAUCAUGGCGUCUGAACUGCGGUCAAAACUCAUGAAACUGGGAGAGAAGCUCACCCAUAAAGAAGUAAAGAAACAUUUCAAAGAAACUGACAAUGUCUUCCAGACAGAGACUGAUGUCCCUUCCUCUGGCUGUGGGAGAAGGAAAGAUGAUACUAGAAUGGAUGAUCUUUUCAGGGAAGCAGAUAUUGAACCUCAUGGCAAAGUGAAGUAUGACGAAUUUAUCCGCAAGAUCACCAUUCCUGUGCAGGACUACUCAAUGAGGAGAAGGCAAGAGAGCCUCCCCUGGGCCGGAAAACUCAGACCGAUGAAUCUUUAAAAAGAAAAGCGUUCCUUUCACUUGUGGGAGAUGGCAAACACAGCAAGAUGACAUACCUGACCACAGCAGCGGGUAACUUAGCAAGGAAACGAAACGAUUUCAGCUACAGUAUUAGCAUGUCUUUAAUAAAAGACUUUUACUGAUUUUAAUAACUAACUACCAUCAGUCUAGCCCUUUAUAUCAUGGAAAGAGCCUAUGGUUUAGAGUUGGGCCAGGGUUCCAGUCCUGACUCUGCCACUUCUGAGUCAGGUGAUUUUGGGCAAAUCAUUUCACCCCUCAAAGCCUUAGGAUCCUCACUGAGGUUGGAUUCCUACUUCUUACCUCAUGGAGCCUGUUGAAAAUGGUCUUCAAAGGGCCUUUGCAAAUUGUAGAGCACUGUGUAAUCCUGGGUUGCCAUGGUCGUGCUUCUCCUAAAAAGGGCAAUUUACCGAAAGACUAAUAUUCUGUAUUUGGGUGCUAGAAUCAUCUUCCACAUUUUCAAGAGAAACAGCAACAAACAGAGAGCUCAAACUAUGGCAACAGUUCUUGCAGCACCACAGGGUCACAUACAAAUUCUCAUUCCCAGUGCAUACUAAUGUAGUUCAGGAUAUUCAUUCAUAAACAGGAUAAAAAACAGGUUUAAAACAAGGCAGCAUCAGCUAAACCCUGGGAAGAGUGAUCCGACUACACCCCAAACCAAAGGAAACCAGAUGUGACGAGUUGCAUUCACUGAGGCCUUGCAGAGCUUGAGAAGACCUGUUAUGAUGCUUCUGUCAGAAUUUUGAGCUCCUCCCUGACCCAUUAUCACAGAGGUUCAUGGGACUGGGAUGGUCUGCUCAAGUGGGCCAAACUGAUGAUGGCUUCAAGCCAUUUCCUCAGGACUAAUGGAAAGUAAUAAGGGGAUGGAACAGGCCACAGCCAUGACCCAGCGAGAGCCCUGGAAAACAAUAGUAGGGGUACUGGUCCUGCCGGGAGCUUUUCCAGCACAAGUGGCUUUUUAAGUUAUGUAGCCAGGAGGUGCCAGGCUGGUGCUGCCUGUGCACUCAUCAAUGGUGUGGAUCCAUCGCUAGCGCCAGCACAGCCCUAAAACGGGCUGGAGUCACACACCAGCAUGCUGAGGGCGGAGCGGGGCAGAACUCUUAACUACAGAGAUUUUCAUCCUUAUAUGUAUCAAAACUGGGAUCUCUGGGCUGUGGCUUUUUCUAAUUGUGCCUUAGUGGCUAAAGCAAAAGAAAACCAAAUUAAGAGGGAGGUGCGUCUCUGGGGAGGUUUACACAGAACGCAAAUCUAAGGGCCAGGAACAAGGUAAACUUCAGGGGACAAAACAGUCACAGUCUUAGUGCAGCUAUCUCACGAUGCUGCACGGCCUCAGACCAAAUGGAGGUCCUGAGAAAGGAGAGCCGCUUUCAUUUCCCCAACAGUGUAACUGCCAAUGAAUUCCUAGGAGCUGUAGAGGCGGCUUCUGUGGGGGCAGGCAGUAUAUGGGCCCCAAAACACCAAGUAGGUGACCUUGUGAUCGUCAGGCUGGGGAUCUUAGGCUCACUCGGUACAGGGGCAGAUCCAGGUUUUGUGGGGUCUGAGGGUUAUACGAUUCGGCGGCCUUCUUUAAGAAUAUUACAGUAGAAAUAGAGAAUUACUAGGGCUGCUCCUGGGACCCUGGAAGAGACCAGAGCAAGUGAGGGGCCCUGGUGCUUAAACUUCAUUACCUUCAUGGUAAAUCCAUCUGAGGGCUGGUUAGAUGUUGGCACCCAUGUUGAACUGCUAUAUUUCACUUUCAGGCAAGGCUCAAGGGUCCUAGUGCGCCACAUUUCUUUUUAACUCAUCAUGGACAUGAGGAAGUUAGUCCUGCACAGCCACUCUGGAAUACCAAGGAUUAGACAGUAGAUACCUGUGAUUUAGAUGGGACAGGAAAAGGAAGUUCUGGGCUAUGACAAUAAACGAGGGUGCGUUCCCUCAAAGCUUUGUCUUUAUAUGCCACUGAAUGGUACCCGUUUGGUUUCAAAGCAAGUUUUAUGAAUCUCAUUUGCCUAACAGGAACCUGAAGUAGACCUUGCCAAAAACAUAAGUGGUGUGUAACAGCCUUGAGAACCUGGGGCUUGUGUCCACUGACUCAGUGUUCCUCAUUAAGGGUGUUCAGUGGGUAGGAUUCCAAGAUCCUGGGAUGUGCUCUGAUUUAAACUUCUACCCCAGGAAAGGCUCUGACACUACCCCAUGUCUGGGUUUCAUGCUCAUUCCUGAAAUUCCUGUUGGUUUACCUAGCACCAAGUAUUGUUUGCAAAGAAAAGGCCACAGUGCUCUUAACAAUCAAAUUGCAGAUUAAACAGAUUUAAAACUAAAUGGAUGCUGUGGUUCAUUACAAAGCUAGCCAUAUUUCAGUAAGAAAGGGGAAUGAUAGCUGUAUAUUCAUUACUUACCUCAAAGCAUGUUGCAAGAGAAUGAGUUACUUGUCAUGCUUUGAAAUCUCUGGAUCAGAGGGGCUCUGGAAGCACAAAGCAUCGUCACUUUUUCUCAUAGGGAUUGUCCCCUUGUAUACGCAGCAGUGUAUUUUACAGAAGACAAAUUAACUGAAGGCUUUUCUUUUAUUACAUCUAAAGAGCUCUACAUAAACAGGUAACAUUCAAUAGGUAAACAAUUUUUUUUCCAAUGCAUGUAAUAAAUAUUUUCACUUGGUACUUUUAUACAAACUGACAUUGGUCUACUAUACAUUUUUAAAAGCCAUUUUACUGGUUUGGCAUGCGGUAUGGAAAUUCUAAGAGAGAAAGUUUUAAGGCAAUGAAUCACAGAUUUAAGUUCAUGGAAUUUAUGGUAACUUUUAUAUCUGUUUAUAUACAUUUUUCCCCUUUGUUAAUUAAACAAUUAACAGCAGCACACUCUGGGACCACCAGCUAUUCUCCCUCCCUCUUUCUGAAAUCUAAGCUUUGUAUUUUCUUUUAAUUAAAAAACAGAAUUCAACAUGUAUUGAUAAAACAAAACUCUUACUAAAAUAAUUUCAAAUGUGCUUUAAAGUCCUAAAGAUCUUGAAGUGUUUUGUGUGUUUAAAAUUGGAGCUGUUUAAAAACAAUGUUCUUUCCACAAUUAGUAAUUUAAAAUUGGGAUGUAUUUUCAUUCAGUUUCAGACAUUUGACUCAAAGGAAAAUCUGCCAAGAAAUCACAUUUCUCAGAAGCUUAAGUGUAUCUUUUCUAAGUCAGUAAUAAUAGAGAAUUGUGAUAAUGUCUACAUUAAUAGAAGUAGAAAAUUUUUAAUGCUCAAAAUAAAUUAGUCAACCAAGCGUGGCAUGGUUAAGGUCCAGAUACUUUUAAAAACGUGUUCAAUAAUGCCCACAAAAUAAUUAAAAGCCACUUCAACCCUGCUAGUCAAACAGCUAUUAUACUAAAGAUGUGUGUGUGUGCAUAUACACACACCCACCCACCCACAGUACUAUACAGACACACAAACAUAUGCGCACCUAUUAUGAGUGACCAAGGCAAGGGGAUGGUGGUAACGUGACUAAAGAUUCUGAGUCAUUAGUCCACAGACAGCAUGUCAAUAUUAGCAUGGGUGGGGGAGUGACAGUGGGCUAGGGAAAAAAGAA